AUGGAAUUUGCUGGAAGAAUAAACGUUACAUUUUUUCACGCUUCAGAUGGUUGGUUAGACCGUUGGAAGAAACAAUACAACAUAUCAUUCAAAACGGUUUCUGGUGAAGCUUAUGCGUGUACAAGUGAAAUGGUAGCACUAUUGGAGGAAACCAUGUUACCAACCAUUUUAUCAAAACAUAAGUUAAACCAGAUUUAUAAUGCUGACAAAUUUGGCUUGUUUUAUCGACUCCAACCAAAUGAAUCUUUACAUUUUAAAAAUGAAAAAUGUGUUGGUGGGAGACACAGCAAACUACGUCUUACAGGAUUUGCAUCUGCUAAUGCAUUAGGGAAAAAAUUUCCAAUGUUUGUUAUUGGCAAAGCUAAAUCGCCCAGAUGCUUUAAAAAUAUAAAGCAUUUACCCUACCGUUAUCGCUGUCAGAAGAAAAUUUGGAUGGAUGGCACACUAUUAGAGGAAUGGGUUCGUGAAAUUCAUUGGCAAUUUACGAAGGAAGAACUAAAAAUUGUUUUAUUGGUUGAUAAUUGUCCAGCUCAUUCUAAUGAUUCGAGAUAA